AUUCCCUAGAGCAUUCAGAAAAAAAAAAUGGGAGAUCAUCUGAGCGUGUAGUACAGCAUAUUGUUGUAAACAUUUCCAAUUUCGUGCACUGACGUUGAAAUCGUUCAUUUCCGUAGUUUAGAAUUUUACCCUCGAACAUCCAUUGUUCACGAAGAUGAUAAACAGUCUUUUUAUUAUAAAUUCUUCCGGAGAUGUCUUCAUGGAGAAGCACUGGAAGAGCGCGGUCGCACGUUCGCUCUGCGACUACUUCUUCGACCAGCAGCGACGAGUCUUGUCGCCGGAGGACACGCCGCCGGUGAUAGCCACUCCGCAUCAUUAUCUCAUUAGUAUAUAUCGCUGCAACAUGUUCUUCGUUGCGGUCUGCAUGACAGAGGUUCCACCACUGUUCGUCAUUGAAUUCCUGCACAGGGUGGUGGAUACCUUCGAGGAUUACUUCAGCGAGUGCACGGAAACUAUCAUAAAGGAGAACUACGUGGUGGUGUACGAGUUGCUGGAUGAGAUGUUGGACAACGGUUUCCCCCUGGCUACGGAGUCCAAUAUAUUGAAGGAGUUGAUCAAGCCGCCGAACAUUUUGCGCACCAUCGCGAACACUGUUACAGGCAAAUCCAACGUCAGUGCCAUCUUGCCGAGUGGACAAUUGUCCAACGUCCCGUGGAGACGAACUGGAGUGAAGUAUACCAACAAUGAGGCCUACUUUGACGUUGUCGAGGAGGUAGACGCGAUUAUCGAUCGAACUGGAGCGACAGUCUUUGCAGAAAUUCAGGGCUACAUUGACUGCUGUAUAAAACUAAGCGGUAUGCCGGACCUCACCCUUUCGUUUAUGAAUCCAAGACUGUUCGAUGAUGUUAGCUUCCAUCCUUGCGUUCGAUUCAAAAGAUGGGAGUCGGAGAGGAUACUUUCUUUUAUUCCGCCCGAUGGUAACUUUCGCCUUCUUUCAUAUCACAUAGGAUCGCAAAGCAUUGUAGCGAUUCCUAUAUACAUAAGACACAAUAUUAGCUUAAAAGAACCAGGAGGUGGUAGAUUAGACAUCACUGUUGGACCAAAGCAAACUAUUGGUAGGACGGUUGAAAAUGUGGUUCUAGAAAUUCCCAUGCCAAAGAUAGUUUUGAAUUGCACUUUAACUCCAAAUCAAGGAAAAUAUUCAUUCGAUCCCGUCAGCAAGAUACUACUGUGGGACAUUGGAAGAAUUGAUGUUUCCAAGCUGCCGAAUCUCAGAGGAUCGAUCACGAUACAAAAUUCGACAGCUGUUACUGAAUCAAAUCCUGCCAUUAAUGUGCAUUUUACGAUCAAUCAAUUAGCGGUAUCCGGAUUGAAAGUAAAUCGGUUAGAUAUGUAUGGCGAAAAGUACAAGCCAUUCAAAGGUGUCAAAUACAUUACUAAAGCUGGCAAAUUCCAGAUAAGAAUGUAAAUAGUUAUAUACUGAAAUUAUAAAUUAUUCUUUUUACAUCAUAUUAGAUAAUAUAACUGUGUAUUCUAUUGUAUUAUUGUAUGAACAAAUUAAACAUGAUGAACUUACAUGACAUUAAAGUUA